AUGGCGGCCGGCUGCUGGCAGCCCUUCCCGCCGCCGCCCCGCGCUGCCCGCCGCGAUGGCGGCCGUUGCCACACCGACGGGGCCGCCCCGCCCCGCCGCCGGCCCCCUGCUGCUGCGGGGAAGCGACCGGCUGCUGUGCGGCCGGCCCCAUGGAGCGCCCGUCCUCUGCCCGCGUUCAGUCGGCAUUACCUCCGCCUUCCACGGGAGCGGCGGAACCGCCGGCUCCGGUUCGCUCUCACAGCCAGCCGUGGGCGGGACGCUCCGGUUAGCGGGCGUCGCGCUUUCCGCAGGGAACAGGGACCGUUCAUGGACGACACCUGGCCCGUUCGCCCCCUCAGGCGGGACACGCGCAGCCACGGCGGGCAGGGUCGGGCCCCGGCCCGAGCCCCGGCCCACCUCACGGGCCCCGGCCCGAGCCCCAAGCCCACCUCGCGGGCCCCAGCGCACCUCACGGGCCCCGGCCCGAGCCCCAGCCCACCUCACGGGCCCCCGCUCACCUCGCGGGCCCCGGCCCGAGCCCCAAGCCCACCUCGCGGGCCCCGGCCCGAGCCCCAGCCCGAGCCCCAGCCCACCUCACGGGCCCCCGCUCACCUCACGGGCCCCGGCCCGAGCCCCAAGCCCACCUCACGGGCCCCCGCUCACCUCACGGGCCCCGGCCCCGGCCCCGGCGCGAGCCCCAGCCCACCUCACGGGCGAGGGCGGGAGGGGCAGCAACGAACACCCAGGUCUCUUGGUUCAGACCUUGGUCCUUAG